GCUCUUCCUCUUCACUACGGAAAGUACAUACACACGUACUUUGUUCUUUUUUUUUUUUUUUCAUUAAAAGUGUUGAAUUUGCACAAAUAAGAAACAUUUGUUAGACUUUUAAAAAUGGUCGUCUGCACAAUGCAGAGCUUUACAACAGAUCAACAAUUAAAUGGCUGCAGCGCAAUGAAGUCCGCGCAGACCUCGCAAGUGCCAGAGCCCGAAAUGGUCGAUAAUGGAAAUGGCGCCGAGGAAGACCGCGAGGAGGGCGAAAUAGUCGAUGAGUUCGAAAUGAUCAUAUCAUCGGAGGAUGAGGAGUUCAAAUUACGUGCCCGCAUACAGCAGCUGGAGGACAAGAGCAAGGAUAUCGAAAAAAUGGACAUGCUCUCCGCCAAUCUGGCCAAUCAAUACAGUUAUCAAAGGCCGCAGGGUAUAGAGAGAUUGGCGCCAUAUCAGUACUUCUCGCCAACCAGUGUACUCUCGGAUGUGUCCAGCCUGUCGGAGGAGGAGUAUGACCCGCCAAAGAAAUAUCGCAAGCAUAGGAUGAAAAGAAACGAAAAUCGCAGACAUGGUCCGUUGUAUAGGCGCAAUCCUUUCGCGAACCGCGCACACGCACAGCAGGCACACGCUCGCAAAAAGCGACGUCACGAGCACCACAGCAAUCACCAUCACCAUCAGCAGGCUACCAUUUUGCUGGAUUCACUGGACAGCGUGACGGACGAUGAAGUCUGCGAGUACGAUAUGAAUGUGGAGAACGAGAACGAUGAAGAGCUGAAGCUGAGCCGCAACAAGCUGCGCAUGGCGCUGGCACGUGAUAGCAACUACGAUAUCAAGCCCAAGUACAGUCUCAGGGAGCGACUUCAGUACCGCAUGCGCAAGUCACCCAGUCCAGGUCGAAACCAAGCAGAUAAUCCGAUUAAAACGCAGGAUCAGCUGCCGCCGCACUCGUUUGAGGGCUACAGUCAGCAUCGCACCGUGAGGGAAGAGGUUGAGGAACAGCAACAACAGCAGCAGCAGCAGCAGCUUGGGCAGGCUGAAGAUCUACCGGAGCUAAAGCUGCGUCUCAUUGCCCUUAAAUCGGCAAUAUUAAAAAAACAUAUAGCGCGCAAGAAGCGAGACGCGGAGCGCGCCUAUUCUCCGACAGAUAUGAUAAGCCGUGUGCAUCAGCCUACGGUCAGCAAUGAGUGCGACGAUAUCGAUGACCUUAUGGAGAUUAGUCCAGCUGCAUCGCCGGAGCGCACUGCAUACAGUCCGCCGCCGACGCGUAUCGAGGAGCCCGUCGACAUGGAACUGGCCCAGACUGACAGUGACGAGGACAUACAACAGUGGCCACAUCCCUGGCAGUCGACGGUUAACAGCGGCGGCAGCUGGCGCUGCUUUAUGCCCAACUCCCUGCCGCCGGUUUCGAUGCCCAUUGUAAUUGACGACGACGACGAGGAGCUGCAGCAGGAUCAGCGUAAGGAGGAUGUCUUAGACGACGAAGAUGACGAGGCUCCGCCGCCGCCGCCUUCAUUUCACAUUCCACACGUGCAGCUGGAUGAUGAUGAUGCCAGGGACGCGCUGCACUUGAGUGAGCGGCACUCCCAACAGGGCUCCCUCAGCGACAUUCAGUCCAUUUCCAUGGAUAACUCACAAACGCAGACACAGACUUCGCGCCCCUUCCAACCUGAGUCCAGCGACGACGAGGCGGGCGCGUUGCGUGCCAUGCUGCUGUCCAAACUUAAACCAGCAGCGGAUGCUAAGGAUUCUAAGGUUGCCAAGGUGCCGUUACCACCUUCUGUUGAGAACGAAAAAGUUGCUCAUGACUCUGAUGAUCCGGAGGAGUUGCGCCAGUUGUUGCUGUCCAGCAUCGCGUCCAGGAAAAAGAACAGUCCCGAAAAAAUGAUGCACGAAAGUCCAGAGAUCCUUAAAAAUGCAGUGCGUCGCUUUCAGGCGUCUUCAUUGCAGUCCAAUGAAGUCGUUCCGUCGAAUGAAACACAACAUGAUGUGCCAUUGGAGCCAGCUCAACAAACGGAAGUCAAUCUGCAGCAUGUAGCAGCGUUGCCUCAACCACCAUCUGCGCCUCUGUCUAUGUCGGAAUCUGUGCCUGUGCCGUUGCCCUUGUCCCUGCCUGUGAUGGUGCCCGUGCCUUUGCCUCUGCCUGUGACAGUGACCGUGCCCUUGUCCUUGCCCGUGCCCUCGCCCGUGCCUCUGCCUGUCCCUCCGCCACAAAUACCAGUGGAAGUUUCAGCUGCGCCGACACCCAACGUCGCGUCGACCUCGACGAACAUCAUCAAAAUCGUCAAGCCCAACAAGGUAAUCAACAAGAAGACAGCGCCCAAGCGCAAGAUUUCAAAGCUGGCGGAACUAGCAACGGCUGCAAAGCGUCCAACGACGCUCCUGGUCAAGGAGUCAGUGGCUCCGCUUCACAGCCAGAACGGCAACAGCUCAACAAGACUGAUAACCACACUCGAUCCGUCUAGCAUCAAAGUGAACAAGCUGGUCAUCGCCCUGGCCGAGUCCUCGGCUGGCAGCGACGAUGAGCUGGAGCUGAGAAGCUGUUACGCCUACAACAGCUACGCAAGCUAUGCCGACAACGCAAGUCCCUUUAGCCAGGCAAUGGACAGUGCCAGCAAUUCGACGACUCGCUCCAAUACGCCCAACUCCGAGAUCCUGGAUUCAGCAUCGUCCAGCAAUCCCAAUUUGCGGCGCACGGUCAUAAACGAGUAUUUUGAGAAGAAACUGGACGAUUUCCUGAAGCAGGCGCGCUCCAAGGUGCCCACAGUUUUACCAGCGGACAGCACGAAACCAGCGCCAAAGAUGGAAAAGUCUUCCGACCAACCGCCCAAGGCCGCUGAAAAACCUGCUGUGACUCCACAAAAGGCCAAGCCAACGCCAGUGGCUGUGCGACACUUGCCGGUAGCAUCGCAAAGGGAAUACCUGCGUCUGAUCGAGCGCAUGCAGCUGCUGGAGAAGAAGAAAGUGGGCGUUGGAGUGAGGACGAUCAACAUACAAACGACAGCUGCUGCAAAAGAGGCUCCAGCCGCAGCCACAGUCGGCAAACAAGAGAUUUCGGUAGGUGCCGCUUUGGCAGCCAAGACAAAAACGACCACAGCAGGCAGCAAAGCUCUCAAGAAAGUGACAGUCAGGGCAGGGCCCAAAGGUGCAAAGCAAGCAGCAGCUCCUAAUGAUCCAGUUGCUACUGCUACGGACACAAACACUGCUAGCGAUAUUCCAAGCACGUCAACGGCAGCAGUCAAGUCGACGCAGCCAUCGAAGGAGAGUCGACUCAAAGCAUUCGAGAGUUCAUUUCUCAAAAUCGGGGGCAGCAUGAUAGCCAAUCUGGACAAGUCGCUGCAUAUGGUGGAGGAGGCAAAAAAGUCAAAGAUCGCACGGCUACGUUACUCGCACCGCUUGAAGGACCUCUAUGCCGAGAUGCAGGCCGUUAAGCAGGCGGUCAAGUUGGAGGAGUCGAAGCUGGCGCGCAUACAGUCUGAGAUACAGGCCAGCCAUGAGAUUAUCAUAUCGCUCAAGCAGAAGCGCAACAAACUUCAAAACGCUGCUCUGGAUCUGGGCAAUGGCCUUCAGGGCGCUGACUACAGGUUGCUGGAUCCGGCUAAGGCGGAAAUAUCGCGCAAGUCCACGGAGCUAACCAAAGAGAUACGUUCCUAUAAUUCGAUUCUCAAAUAUGAGGAUGUUUUGGUGCAGGCCGAUGUGUCUGCACGUAAGGAACUAAUGCAGUCCAAGUCAAAAGCAGACCCAGAGCCACAGUCAGUACCUGAACCGAAGCAUGAAACUAGUCGGGAGCCGAGCGAGCAGUCCAUUUCCUCUAGCAACGGUAAUAGCCAACCGUCUGCUGAUGGAAGACAGAGCAUCGAGCCGGAGUUGGAGACAGAGCAACAGCCACAGGAACAGCCAAGUGAAUGCAAUACCUCAGCAGCAGCAGCAGCAGAAGAAGCGGUAUCUGUAGCAGUUGCAGGAGAAGAGGCAGGGACUGUAAAGACACAGCUGGAAUUUGAUAUCACGCCACGGAAUCUAGCACCGGAUGCCACUGAAGUCCAAAAGGCGCCGCCCUACACCGUCAGCUUUAUGCGGCAGCUGUGCGAUCCGCCCGUUAAGAAGUCGCUGCUUGGCGCGUACCGCACCCCGUUGUCCCGCAACUACAACAGCCAGCCGAAUGUCAAUGCCACCGUGUGCCCCUUUGAGCUGAUGGGUCGCUGCGAAGACUCCGACUGUUCCUAUCUGCAUUUAAAUCGUGCAGCCAAGUCUGCCGUCGCUGCCAGCGCGUUAAGGCAGUGAUAACAUUUUUGUAUAAAAACUAAAUAACCCAAUAACAUUCUAAAAUAGCGUGCUUGAAUUCUGGUAAGUUGAACUCUUCACGCGACUUUAUAUUUAAAUGUUGCUUUCAGUCAACGAGAGACAACAACAACAACAACAACAACAACUACCACAACAACUACUACAACAACAACAACAAAACAAAAACAACAACUAACAACAACAACAACAAAAAAGUAUCAAACAAAAAAGACUGAAUAAUUGUUUGAUUGAAAUGAACAAAGAAGCUAGAAGAUCGAGUUCGAGUUCGAGUUCGAGUUCGCAGAUCGAGCGUCAGUUCGAUCGAUCGAGUGACUAAAAAAAAAAUAUGUAUAUAGUUUCUUGUUGAAACAUUGUUUUUGUUACAUACAUUUAUAUCGUACAGUUACAAAUCACGUGGUGUUGUAAACUAGUGCAAGUUCGAUCAAGUCGGGCCGGCCGUUUAAAAAGCCGUUCGAACGGAUUGUGCAUAUUUCAUUUGCUCCAAAAAUUGAUUGCCAUAUUAAAUCCGCAACAGCAUGAACUGUAA